CUGAAUUUGAUUGGCUGCUCUGUCUAAACGAAAAUAUCAUGUGACAGAAUCGACAAACAAGCAGGAACUGGCACAUAAGCGGGUCCAUAAUGGCAGCAGCGCUCCUGUGUUUCCUCCUGGCUGGUCCAGUGCUGCUGGCUGCUGCCGGUCCACUUGACUACUCCAACAAUGGCACACUACCGUUGGUGAUUUGGCAUGGGAUGGGUGACAGCUGUUGUAACCCUCUCAGCAUGGGUGUGAUAAAGAAGAUGGUUGAGAAGGAGAUCCCGGGAAUUUACGUGAUCUCACUCAUGAUUGGGAAAAGCAUCGUAGAGGACACAGAAAAUGGCUUUUUCAUGGACGUGAAUAAGCAGGUGUCCAUGGUGUGCAGUCAGCUGGCUCAGGACCCCAAGUUGAAGGGAGGGUACAACGCCAUGGGCUUCUCCCAGGGGGCACAAUUUCUGAGAGCUGUUGCUCAGCGCUGUCCCUCUCCAACAAUGAAAACUCUGAUCUCUGUCGGUGGUCAGCACCAAGGUGUGUACGGUUUACCCCGCUGUCCCGGCGAAAGCUCACACAUCUGCGACAUCAUCCGCAAAGCUCUGAACGACGGUGCUUACACCGACAUCGUCCAGAAACACCUGGUGCAGGCACAGUACUGGCACGACCCGUUAAAUGACGACCUGUACAAGAAGCACAGCCUGUUCUUGGCCGACAUCAACCAGGAGCGGGCAGUAAAUGAGACUUAUAAGAAGAAUCUCCAGCUGCUGGACAAGUUUGUCCUGGUCAAGUUCCUGAACGACACUGUAGUGGAUCCUGUAGACAGUGAGUGGUUCGGCUUCCUGAAAACUGGCCAGGCCAAGGAGACGGAGACUCUCCAGGAGAGUGUUCUCUACAAAGAGGAUCGUUUGGGCCUGGCAGCCAUGGACAAAGCCGGAAAGCUGGUUUUCCUGGCGACUGAAGGAGAUCACCUGCAGUUCACCCAAGAGUGGUUCAAGAAAAACCUGCUGCCUUUCCUUCACUAAAGCACCAAACAACACUUCUAAUGCUGAUUAGGGUUGCAAAAGGGGCGGUAGAGUACAUCCCCAGAAGACUUUCCAUGGAAAUUAAAGAGAAUUAACUGGAAAUAAUGAAACUAUGAUAUACAAAAUAAGCGCUUAGUUUUGAAAAAAUGCAUGCAAAGAUACAAUUAAAAGACACAACAGAUUAUUUGUGUGUGUAGGUAUAUAAGUAUAUACACAUGUAAGUAUAUGUGGCUCUCUAGCUGUGACUUCUCUUGGAAAUAACAUUUUUCUGGGCUUUUAAUGUCCAUGUCUCGAGCUGUCAACAGUUUUACUAUUGUGGUCUAUGGGAGAAUUGUUUUUUGUUGCAGUACCACUAGUGGCCACUGGGGAAAAAAGUAGCAGCAAAUACUCCAUCCAGUUCUUAUAAUACAUACAUGGCAUGUGAAGGAGGAAUGUAAAAUACAGUGCAUACAGAGGCGUGGCUUAAGUUCCCAAUCUUCAACUUUACUCACAUUAAUUCCCUUAAAUGGAAAGUUUGCAAUUUUAAAUGUCCAGACUUUUGCAACCCUGAUCCUGAAAUAUAUGAUCUGGCUUCAGAACAACGCAGAGAAAGAAUAAACCGAGGCUUAAAAACCUUUUUUGCACUGAUGACUUGUAGCAAAUCCACUAACACUGGACUCCAAUGUUAUUUCCUGAUUAUGUUUUAUUGCUUUUACAAAUGUUUGUUAUUAUUUUAACAGCUGAUGCAUUAAUUAUACAAUAAAGACAGACCAAACUACA